UGUUUGUCUUCCUAGUUCCCAAACAUAAAACUAAGGAUGAUGGUUGUAUUCCUGGACGGCGAACACUUGAACAUUGAAAUAGUGCUACCAGUUAAAGACCAGCAGACAACAUAACCCCGGAAAGCAAUGGGCGACAUCAACGUAUAGCAAGAAACAGGUUCAUUUAGCAAGAUACGGAUCCAAAAGACAAUAAAGACCAGGAUUCAAGACGUUGACUUUAAGAUUUAAAUUAAUUUUGCUAUACACCAAAGGAGUAUGUGAAGGUCGCAAAAAAUCCUUUGCAGUUUGAUUGCCUCUUAAGUAAAGAAGAUUGUGUGAGGAUAUAACCUGGCGCGCUAACGUUGUAUCUCAUGAGCUUGAAGGUGAAAAACGGAAGCCGCCAAAGCUACGCUGUCGCGCGGCGUUGGUUUGUACGCGGCGACGGGGAUGUGCGUCUUGCGGCCUCGCGUACACUGGAAGCAGCACGAUUCUAAAUAUAUUUUUGGCUAGUGUCAUUGGUAAUUAUGGCUUUAACACUGGAAUCUAUGGAUUUGCACUUUGUACAUUAUUGUAGGUGUUUUGGAUAUGGCUGUCGAUGGCUAAUGUGUAAGCAGCUGCAAUAAUCAGUCAUCUUUAUUUUUCCUGUUUAUUGUUGUGGUUUAUUGAAGUUCAUGCACUUUAUUUAACCCACCAAUGUGGUUUAAUGUGUCUACAUGUAUGUAUCCUGCUAUAAGCCUAUCGUUUUGUUUUGAUUAUGUCAGUGCAUUGCAAAUAUACCUUAUUUGCCUCCAAAGACCAACAUAAACCUUGUUAGCAACACUGAGAACUGUAGGUCCAUCUCAAACACGCAUACAUGCUUAAUAUCUACUUUAUACACUUUAGUGGCCAUGCAUGCCACACAAUAAAAGCAGGAAAGCUUUGAAUGUUGUUAAUUUUUAUUUUGAUUCAAACAUUCAUUGUGUUGACAUUUGCAUUUGAACCAAAUUUGUUGACACCAUUUCAGGCUAACAAACUUAAGCUCUGAAGAUAAUACAGAAAUAUAUACUUAAAUAUUUUGAUGCAUCCCUGAGAAUGUUUAGAUGACACUACCACAUGCAGUCAAUUGAGAAAUUUGUUAUAGUGGUUUACUGGGCUUUUGUGGACAUUACAAAUUGGUUUACCAAAUGGAACAAUGAGGUGGAGGACCACUUUGCUUUCCCAAAUGAAACUUUGACCCCUGUAGUGAUGAAAGGCUAGAGCACAGUUAAAGGAGUGCAAAGAGGUACAACUGACCUUUCACUACGGACAUGAUCUCAAACUGACACUACACUUCACAGACAACCGGACAAACCUUUGCAGCCAUGAGCUUUCGACAUCCAACCUCAACUCUGGACAGUCCAUUUGCUGCUUGGUUAAGCAGUUUGACAUUGGGGGAUUCUGAAUGCCGGUCUUCCUUUGGCCAGCAAAGAGAUACACAGUCAGAUUUUUCCUCAGAAAACACAGGGACAGGCUUAGUCCAAAGAUGUGUGGUUGUUCAACGGGACAAUCUGGGGUUUGGCUUCACUGUGUGUGGGGAGAGGAUCAAACUAGUGCAGAAUGUUCGACCAGGUGGAGCAGCCGUCAAGGCUGGAGUUCAGGAAGGGGACAGAAUUAUUAAGGUUAAUGGCUCCUUAGUUUCAUCCAUGUCUCAUCAGGAAGUGGUAAAAUUGAUCAAAUCUGGGACAUAUGUGGCCUUGACUCUGCAGGGCCCUCCUCCUUCAACUGUGUCUGCUCCCCUCAAGUCCUUAUCUACCGACCUCUCGCCUAACCACAAGAUAACAUUGGAAGGUGAAACCUUGGCACCCCCACUUCCUUCAACGCCACCUACAGGAAGCAGUACCCCCACCCAAAGAAUCACAGGACCUAAACCAUUACAGGACCCUGAGGUAAAAAAACAUGCAACAGAAAUCCUCAGAAAGAUGUUAGAGCAAGAGGAGGCAGAACUGCAGAACCUGUUGGGGGAACAAUCUCGAAACCCCUCCCCUUCCAUAGUGGAGCGAAUAGAAAGUGCCAAACGAAGAGCUAAUCAAGUCAGAUUAAAGAUUCAGCAGGACGUGGAUGGAACACGUUCAGAAGUUAUUACCAACUAUCUCAUGGCUGGUGAAGGUCAGUCAUCAAUGGACUCCAGUGAAGGAGACUUUGAGGCAUGUGAGAGUCCCUUCUCCUCCCCCUCCACCUUUCUCUGGAAUCCUCUGCACCACAGACAGGGGUCUGACGCAAACACAACUGACUCGGAAGGAAAGGCCCAGAUCAUUGGACCAGAGGAAGAAGAGGAGGAUAAUGGGUACAUGAUAAAUGAGGUUGAUGGCCCAUUCCAGGACAUAGAACUGCUAAAAAGUCGUCCGGCACACAUGACUGUGUUUAUGAGAUAUGUGUUCAGUCAACUUCUGGAUCCCAACCUACUGCUGUUUUACUUGUCUGUGGAGGCAUAUCUGAGUUCGAGUCCAAAAGACGCCCGCUCACUUGCCCCUCAGAUCUGCUCCUAUUUCCUAAACCAUGAUGCUCCUUUGAAGAUUAAAGUCAAAGAAGAGAUCCUGACAGAUAUAGAGAGUCGUUUCCAUGCACAGGAGGACAUUCGAGGGCCUCUCUCUGAAUUGCAACAACAGGUGUUUCCAGAUAUUCAAGACCAGCUUCAAGACUACAGGAAUAAGCAGACAAUGGGCUUGGGAUCUCUAUUUGGAGAGAGUGACCUACAACAGUUAGAUGGAGACCCUGUGAAAGAGAGACAGGUGGUGGAUAAACAGGUUGUUGCACUUUGGGAAAUCAUAUCAAAACAUAAAGAAGAUAAAAGUUCCCCUUUAGCAUCUGCUGUUCACUUGUAUCUCAGACACUCUGGCAUUAAUCUGGGAGACUCUAAAGUUUUUCCUGGUUUAAUCUUGGAGAAGGAGAAGUGGCUUCCAUUCUUUCCAAAAAGUAAAAAGCAGCUGAGCAGCGCAAAAAAAGAAAAGGAUGGAGAAGAUAAGAAAAGAAAUCCUUUAUUGAAAUACAUUGCGAAGCCUAAGAGUACAUCUCAGUCGAUGUUCCAUGUUCCAUUGUCCCCCACUGAAGUUCAUCCAGGAAGUGUGCAAAAUAUUAUUCAGCAGUUUGAGAAUAAUUCCUAUUCUGUUGAAGACGGCGAAAUUGAGGGACAGAGGUUGGCCUCCAGCAGCUUUCGGAAUAACAGCAUGGAAAGUCCAACCAUGUCGGUGCGUUUGGCUCGUAGCGAGUCGUUAAAAGCUCAGGGGGAGGGCCGGCGACGAGGAGAUGGAACAGGGGUAGAAUCUGUUCCUCGUUCCUUAAGUGAUUUAGAUAUGGAGGACUGUGAGGAAAGGGAGAGGCCAGGCCUGAGGCCGUUACAUCACAGGGUCUCGUCAUCAGCAUCCAGCUGUUCAGCACGAUCCUUGGAGAAUCCAACACCACCUUACACCCCUCGCUCCCGCCGCAGGAGCAUAGACUCUCCAGUGUCUCUGUUACCCCAUGCUCCUGCCCUAGAUGAGGACGUGAUCGAUUCUCAGAACUGGCAAGAGACGGUGGAGCCACACAUACUGACCUCUCUCACUUCACGUGAAAUCGACAGACAAGCUGUCAUAUACGAGCUGUUUACUACUGAGGCGUCUCAUUUGCGGACCCUUAUGGUUUUAGAUCAGGUGUUCUUCCAGAAGAUGCAGAGCGUUCUCAGUCAAGAGGAGCUCUCCAGUAUCUUCCUGAACCUGCAUCAGGUCUAUGAACUACACGCAAACUUAUGUGAGUCUAUGAAGAAACACAGGGAAUCAGUGAUCGUUCAGGGAAUCGGGGACCUCAUGCUGGCAAGAUUUGAGGGGGAGGCAGGGAAUCAGUUUCAGAAGCAGGUGUCUCAUUUGUGCAGUCAGCAGAGUCAAGCACUGGAAUUGAUCAAAAAUAAACAGCGUAAAGACCCCCGAUUCGCCCACCUAAUACAGGAGUGCGAGGCCAGUCCACACUGCCGUAGGUUACAGUUAAAAGAUCUUCUGGUGUCUGAAAUGCAGAGAUUGACUAAAUAUCCACUGCUACUGGAUAACAUUAUCAAAUACACAGAGGAGGAUUCACCUGACCUGCAGCUGCUGCAGAGAGCACUGGCCUGUUGCCGCGGGAUACUACAGGCUGUCAAUGAGGUCGUCAGAGAGACAGAGCACAGGCACCGUCUCAGCCAAUACCAGAACAGGCUGGAUCUCACGCAUCUGGAAAGACAGGCAAAUCCUGUUGCAACACAAUUUAAGAAUCUGGACCUCACCACUAAGAGAAUGAUCCAUGAGGGUCAUCUCACAUGGAAAGUCAGCAAGGACAAAGCAAUCGAGAUCCAGGCAUUGUUACUCUCAGAUCUCUUGGUGCUGCUUCAAAGAGGUCCAGAUGACCGUCUUAUACUGAGGUGUCCUUCACGAUUGCUGGCCGGGGGUGGUUCUACAGACCUCAAAACUGUCUGCCCUGUCGUUCGUCUUGACUCCUCCCUUGUUCGAUCGGUCGCAACAGACAAUAAAGCUCUCUAUGUAAUAAGCACAUCGGAGAGACAGAUCUAUGAGCUGGUGGCCGGGACAUCCUCAGAGAAAAACACUUGGAAAGACUUGCUCGAAAAGACAAUCGCUUUAGCCACUCAAGGGGCAAACACAACCAAACAGAGUUCUCCAGCACAAUCUUCAGCUGUGUGUACAUCUUCCAGUCGAUUAGAUCUUUCACUGUCGGAGAAGUCUGUGUCUCUAGAACAACACUCGGCUGGUUAUGAUGAAUGUGCUCUCACACCCAUCAAACCAACUGAAGAGUCUGAGGCCUGCCAUGAUGAGAAUGGGGAGAGUUACCUGCACACAAAAGCCGGUGUUGCAGAAGCUGCUCUUCAGGAUGUGAAAAUCCUCCGACAGCUCAUCUUCAGGGAUCUUGAGGAUGGGUGGAGUCAGGAUUCAGAUGACACGCCCACAAAUGAAGGUUCUUUUGCAGACAGGCCGAGGCCAGAUAUUUCUGACCCUAACCUUAGAGAGAGCCCAAACAAAUGGGUAGAGGAGCAUGUAGAUGCUUACUCGUUAGAGGUGGUACAACCUGCUAUUCGGAUUGUAAGGAAAGUUGUGGGUGUGGGCUGUUCUAUUCCUGAUGACAUCACCGAUGAUGUUACCUCCAACCAAUCCUCUAAGGAAAAAGGGAACAUGUUUUAUCUGGUAAUGCCCAAAGACCAAGCUGGUGCUUUCACAGAUGAAAGCAGCACAGAUGAAAUCAAAGACUCUGACAUAUCGGAGAACCAUCAGAAUCAAAACAUGUUCUCAACGUCACUUUUGGAAGAAGAACAAGAGACUUCAAUAGACCUCUCUCCAACAGAUCAGUCACUGCCUGAGAGCCUAGGUCAAAGAGAAGGGCUUGACCAGCCACAGGUUAGCAACCAGCAGCAUGUAAUCAAGAAUGUGGACGAGAUCUUCCACACAGUUGAGGAGCUCAUGAGAAAAUUAAACCAUCUUAAGGAUAUUGAAGCAGACCAUUACAAUCUUCUGAAGAAAUUAAGAAAACCACUCUCUGUGGAUGAAGCGUCAAGUGACAAGUCUCCUGCAGCAGUCAAACCACUAGACCAUGGAGCUGGUGAUGGUAAAGUAGGCAUCUCAACAGAAGGAGCUCAGGCAGUAAUCCAGUCUACUGGCUUCUGACGGUUUACAUUGGAGCUGUUUGAGGAUCUUACAGUAACUGCACAGAUUUGCCCUGCACACCAUCAUGCUGUCCCCUUCCCAACAUGCCUUGCACCUGGAUGUACAAUCCAGGUUGAAUUAUGUGUUGUUUGUGUCAAACAGAAAUUCAGGACACAGGACAGAUUAGAUUCACCCUUUGGGCUCCAUUUAGAAAGACAUGGUUAAGGAUGAAGGCAAGUAAUGAUUUUUGUAAUGCAUUAAGGAGAAAGUUUUAGUGAAGUAGCUGCAAUUUGAUGGGUAAAUGGAUCAAAGUAAAACGAAGGUGGGACAGUGAAAUGUUAUAUGUACCAUGGUUAAAGACUUUAAAAGAAACCCCAGCACUUUACCUGAUGUACAUCUAUUUCUCUUCUCCAUUUAGCUACUAAAAAAAUUAGUGCCACCAGUUUUGGAUUAUCACUAGUUAUGUCGUUAUGUGGAAAGAGUGCUUUGACGAAUACAUUUUUUUUGCACUGAGAACAGUUUAAAACAAAAGGUGGUUCGAAAAGGGUUUUUGUGGAUUUAAUAGUGUAGCAAAGAAAAAGAAGGAAAAAUGAAAUGAUGAAGGCUUUUUUGUAAGAGAUUAAAAAGAAAUUAAGUAAAAUUUGUCUAAACACUAAUUUUUUUCUUAAGGUUCAUGUUAUCACACGGUUUAUGACGUAAACAGGACUUGAUAUCACAUGAAAAAGGAGAUUAUUUAUGAAACCUGUAAUAUGACAUGCAAGCUGACAUAUCGUAUCCUGUGUAUGUACUGUGAAUUUUUUCCCCACUAUUUGUUUACACUGAACAAUAGUGCAGUUGCAGCGAAGCGAGUGCUUGGAACAAAUGAAGGGUUCGGGAACUCUAAUUUGAAAAGUAUAAGUAUUUGGACAUGUAAACCUGACCUGCCCAAGAAUGAAAACUUCACCUCCUUUUCUUUUUGUUUUUAAUAGUUUGCCUAGAGAACACUUCUAACAUAGAUUGAAUACUAAAAUGGUUGCUUGUAUGAAUAACUGUUCUGUAACUCAGGUGGAGAAAUAGACAUUUUUAUAAUCUCUUGAAAGCUGUUUUCUUUAUGCUUUUUUAUUUCUUAUAUUAUUCUCUUUCCAUGUUUAUUUGUACUUGUCAACAGUUCAGCGAUUUCUAAUAAUAUGAUGCACAACAACAAAACCAUACUUGUGCAAACUACUGUAUGUAAAUGUUGUUUUUGACAUUCACUUAUGUAAUAUAGUGUUUACAGCCUGUUUUAUUUUCUGUAAAGCUCUCAUUAUUUCCUGAAUUUUAUUUUUGUAGAUAUGACAAACUAAAGAUGUGUAAAUUAUUACCUUUCCCUCUUUUUAAAAACGGCGAGAUUGUUAAAUGCACAGAAGGAAAAUGAAAAUGCAUGUUUAAAAUAUCUUGUUUUGUGAAAAAUAAUAAAAAUGUAUAUAUUGC